AUGGAUAUUGGACAAAUGGAUGAUCUAGAUAAAGGCCUAUGGAUUCUCACCAGAACACAUCAUGUAAGUAUAUGCGUUAUUGUAACAUUGACUCAUAAAAUGCCCCUACCCAGGUCACUAGUCAACGUCUAACAACAAGUGGAUAUGUGGUGCCAGUCAAAUGCGUUAAAUGUAACAUUCGAUGCCAUGGCUGCCCUACUCUACACACACAGCAGAAAAGUGUGCUUUUCUCAUUCUCUGAUUCAUAUCCUUGUCAGUCGGUGCCGUAACUCGUCAAUUGGGACUUUUGACUUCAGCUCAGGGCUGGCCCCAGGCAUAAGCGACAAUAAGCUUAGGAACUCAGUCGGGUCUAAACUUACUGUUGAGAGUUAGAAUAGUAGAAUACACAAGGUGUAAGUUCAAAAUUUGGUUGUGCAUCAGCAGUUUUUCUCUUGUUUUGUCAGUCACUGACAGUCACUCAAUUAACCAUGUCAGCUAACAAUUUUUACAUUGGUAAGUUAGUCUAGCCAGUUAUCUAAACUUGUAGUAAUCAUGGUUGAAUACUGAGCAGGCACACAUGGCAUGUGCCCAGGGGCCCUGACCUCCAGGGGGCCCUCAUUGAUUUUAUAAGUCACUCUCACUCAGAUAUAAUUAACAUGGCAUAAGUCAUUGCAAAAUGUUUAGAAUGGCAGGAAAUUAGCUUUAAAACUGCAAAAAUGUAUCUAUGCCCCAUGGCAAAAUGAGUAGAAUUGCUGUCCUCCUAACAACAUUCUUGUUUUCUUCUUGGGCCAUUAAGUAAUUAUCAUAAGAUUUCACAAUUUAUAAUUGGUUUAGUUACCUAUCUGAGUAAUCGCGACCAAUAGGCUGCUGAAGGCCUGCCUAUAGCAGGGAUCAUCAACUAGAUUCAGCUGCGGGUUUAUUUUUUCAGAUAUAAUAUUUGACUAAAACAUAAUAAUUUCAAACCUUGCUUACAUUUGUAUAUGAUCACAUAUAUCUAUCUCUAUUAAAUGUGCAACCAGAGGGAAAAAACUCUAGACCACCUUUACUCCACACACAGAGACGCAUACAAAGCUCUCCCUCGCCCUCCUUCGCCCUCCGAGUGGCACAGCGGUCUAAGGCACUGCAUCUCAGUGCUAGAGGCGUCACUACAGACCCUGGUUUGAUUCCAGGCUGUGUCACAAUCCGGCUGUGAUUGGGAGUCCCAUAGGGCGGCGCACAAUUGGCCCAGCGUCGUCCGGGUUUGGCCGGGGUAGGCCGUCAUUGAAAAUAAGAAUUUGUUCUUAACUGACUUGCCUAGUUAAAUAAAAGUAAAAAAAAAAAUAAUAAUAAUAAUAAUAAUAAUUCGGACCAUAACUCUAUCCUCCUGAUUCCUGCUUAUAAGCAAAAACUAAAGCAGGAAGCACCAGUGACUCGGUUAAUAAAAAAGUGGUCAGGUGACGCAGAUGCUAAGCUACAGGACUGUUUUGCUAGCACAGACUGGAACACGUUCCGGGAUUCUUCAGAUAGCAUUGAGGAGUACACCACAUCAGUCACUGGCUUCAUCAAUAAGUGCAUCGAUGACGUCGUCCCCACAAGGAGCGGCACUUUCAAGGAGCGGGACUCUAACCCGGACGCUUAUAAGCAAUCCCGCUAUGCCCUCCGACGAACCAUCAAACUGGCAAAGAGUCAAUACAGGACUAAGAUUGAAUCGUACUACAUCAGCUCUGACGCUCGUCGGAUGUGGCAGGGCUUGAAAACUAUUACAGACUACAAAGGGAAGCACAGCCGCGAGCUGCCCAGUGACACAAGCCUACCAGACGAGCUAAACCACUUCUAUGCUCGCUUCGAGGCAAGCAACACCGAAGCAUACAUGAGAGCACCAGCUGUUCCGGAUGACUAUGUGAUCACGCUCUCCAUAGCCGAUGUGAGUAAGACUUUUAAGCAGGUCAACAUUCACAAGGCCGCAGGGCCAGACGGAUGUCAAGGGGUGCUGAAGGUGGGUGUGGUGCAUGAAUCAAGCGCAGGACGCAGAAGCUCAGUCCAAAAGACUUUAGUGCAAUAUUCACGUAGAAAAUAAGCACAAUCAGCCCGAAGGCGAAAUAACGGCGCACACAGGCGUCAAACAAACGGCGCACUAACAUGUGCGAAAACCUCUCCAAAACACUGGAGGGAAGUACGUAGCUCCAACACCAAAAACAGAAGAGCAAUCACACACAAAGACAAACACACACAACGAGAACUAAAUAGGACACUAACGAGGACUAACAUGACACAGGUGUACAACAUCAAGACAAAACCAAACGAACAUGAAACAUAGAUCGGUGGCAGCUAGUACUCUGGGGACGACGACCGCCGAAGCCUGCCCGAACCAGGAGGAGGAGCAGCCUCGGCCGAAACCGUGACAACGGAUUACCAGGACGUGUACUCCGAGCAUGUGCUGACCAACUGGCAAGUGUUUUCACCGACAUUUUCAACAUGUCCCUGACUGAGUCUGUAAUACCAACAUGUUUCAAGCAGACCACCAUAGUCCCCGUGCCCAAGGACACCAAGAUAACCUGCCUAAAUGACUACCGACCCGUAGCACUGACAUAUGUAACCAUGAAGUGCUUUGAAAGGCUGGUCAUGGCUCACAUCAACACCAUUAUCCCAGAAGCCCUAGACCCACUCCAAUUUGCAUACCGCCCCAACAGAUCCACAGAUGAUGCAAUCUCUAUUGCACUCCACACUGCCCUUUCCCACCUGGACAAGAGGAACACCUAUGUGAGAAUGCUAUUCAUUGACUACAGCUCAGCGUUCAACACCAUAGUGCCCUCAAAGCUCAUCACUAAGCUAAGGAUGCUGGGACUAAACACCUCCCUCUGCAACUGGAUCCUGGACUUCCUGACGGGCGCCCCCAGGUGGUAAGGGUAGGUAACAACACAUCUGCCAUGCUGAUCCUCAACACGGGGGCCCCUCGGGGGUGCGUGCUCAGUCCCCUCCUGUACUCCCUGUUCACCCAUGACUGCAUGGCCAGGCACGACUCCAACACCAUCAUUAAGUUUGCCGACGACACAACAGUGGUAGGCCUGAUCACCGACAACAAUGAGACCUGGCCGUGUGGUGUCAGGAUAACAACCUCUCCCUCAACGUGACCAAGACAAAGGAGAUGAUUGUGGACUACAGGGAAAAAAAGAGGACUGAGCAUUCCCCCAUUCUCAUCGACGGGGCUGUAGUGGAACAGGUUGAGAGCUUCAAGUUCCUUGGUGUCCACAUCACCAACGAACUAUCAUGGUCCAAACACACCAAGACAGUCGUGAAGAGGGCACGACAAAGCCUAUUCCCCCUCAGGAGACUGAAAAGAUUUGUCAUGGGUCCUCAGAUCCUCAAAAAGUUAUACAGCUGCACCAUCGAGAGCAUCCUGACUGGUUGCAUCACCGCCAGGUAUGGCAACUCCUCGGCCUCUGACCGCAAGGCACUACAGAGGGUAGUGCGUACGGCCCAGUACAUCACUGGGGCCAAGCUACCUGCCAUCCAGGACCUCUAUACCAGGCGGUGUCAGAGGAAGGCCCUCAAAAUUGUCAAAGAUUCCAGCCACCCUAGUCAUAGACUGUUUUCUCUGCUACCGCACGGCAAGCGGUACCGGAGUGCCAAGUCUAGGUCCAAAAGGCUUCUCAACAGCUUCUACCCACAAGCCAUAAGAGUCCUGAACAUCUAAUCAUGGCUACCCGGACUACUUGCUCCCCCACCCCAUCUUUUUACGCUGCUGCUACUCUGUUAAUGAUUUAUGCAUAGUCACUUUAACUCUACCCACAUGUACAUAUUUCCUCAACUACCUCAACUAGCCUGUGCCCCCGCACAUUGACUCUGCACCGGUACCCCCCUGUAUAUAGCCUCCCUACUGUUAUUUUAUUUAACUUCUGCUCUUUUUUUCUCAACACUUUUUUGUUGUUGUUGUUUUAUUUUACUUUUUUAUUAAGAAAUAAAUGCAUUGUUCGUUAAGGGCUGUAAGUAAGCAUUUCACGGUAAUGUCUACACCUGUUGUAUUCGCGCAUGUGGCAAAUAAGAUUUGAUUUGAUUUGAUUAUGCGUGGGGAAACUUUGGAACAGAUUUCCAAAAUGUAAAUCACUUGGAGCGGAUUUGCUGGUGUUUUUUAUUACCAACUAUUAUUAUUAUUAUCAUUAUUAUUUUCAGAAAACUUGGGGGGCCAAAUAAAGUCCUCGCCAGUUGGAGAACCCUGACCUAUAGGCUCAGUGAGACUGAUCCUCUGACACAUCACAGUUCAGCUGUCACGAGUCGCUUCCGAUUCCCGCCACUGGUGAUUCAUGUAGCCGUAACAUGUUAAAACGAAAAAUGCUCUUGGCAUCUGAAAUGCACCUGGUCAAAGGCAUGGGCAUCGACGUCACUCCACAGGUGGCUUUUUCACACUUUGUUGUUGUUGUGGGUGUGGGUGUUCGUGCGGUAUAUUUGCCCCGCUGACACGUCUCUUCAGCGGCAGCUUGGCACAGAGAGAGAGGCAGAGAUUUGAUACGAUCUCAUUUCCACACCCAGCCAGCCAUGCAUUGUUCUGCCCUCUGCACUCUGUUGGUCAGUUUCUCCUCCUCCCUGAAUGAAUGGCUGUUGUAUCUAAUGUUUUCAGAAUGGAACGAUUAAACCCAGAUUAAGGUGGGGUUUUAUAUAAAUAGUUAUAGCUCCAGGGGGUUGUUUCUGUAAAUGAGCAACAUUUCCCUUUUUCCCUUUUUUGGAGAACAUCCUAUGUUUUUUUCUGAAAAACAAUUUGCAUUGUGCAAGUGUUGUCUUUGCCCCUGAGAUUGAGCAAUCAAUCUUCCGCAAACUGAUGUGGCGGAUAUUAUUUAAUAUUAUAAUGUGACAGUAAAAAAGACAAUCUUGAGAUAAAAACGAAUAGUGAAGCUAGGCUAGGAUACCUUGUUCAAAUAAGGAAUGCAUUUUGUCCCCCUCAUAGCCAUUCAUAUUUAUCUUGAGACAUAAAAUCAUUUUGUUCAACUCAAACAUUGACUUUUUUUCCCUCUAUGCACCUGAAUUUACCAAGUUGUUUGAUGUAAAUAAACAUGAACAAUCGGAUCGAGGGCAGGUUGAUAUGUCUGACUAAAGUCCUGUUUUUGAACACUAUAAUCGGGACACGAGCGGAUAAUUGUUGACGUUUGAGCACCGCUUGCACUUGGUUCGAGGCGGGAUUGGAGGAUGAUGUCACUUGUGUCUCGCAGUGGGAGAGUAGAGUGCGGGGGAGAGGGGGAGGAUCGUCGGGGAGAGGAGGAUAGCCAGUUUCAGGUACACUUCAACUUUCAAAACAAGUUUGGAGGGUUGUGGAGUGAGAAACCGGCAAAGCCUCGGAGCGGGAUACAUUGGGAUUUUAUAAAAGAAGCCGCUGGACAGAUGAAAACUGAUUUAAGGGAAAAUGCAUUGGGAACAAGUACUCCGAUUGAGUAAUGCCAAGGUGAGAUAGAUUAGAUUGUGGUUUCCCUGUCCCUUGUCCUUUUACAUUUAGCCUAUCAGGUGGCAUGGUUUCAAUAGACUGCGCAUUAUAGUUUCGUGAAGGUGACUAAAACACCGGAUGCUGUGGUUUUGUCUUUUAAUCGCGUGAUUACAGUGUGGUGCCUGUCCUCAAUUAUCAUAUUUGCGCAGGCAGGUGAGCAACUGGACGGUUUUUGUAUUUCCCAACUUCGGCGUGUAAAUACUUCCCAGUAAGCAAAAUGAAGUUGAAAAUACGUAUUUUAGACGUAUUUUCCAGAUGUUGACAUUGCGUGCAUUUCAGGUGCUGAAUGAAAGGCUUGAAGACCUAUUUUCUAGAUGUCGAAAAUACCUAUUUUCUGGACAUCGAAAAUAUGUCUUAUACUGACAUUAAAACAAUAUAUCUUAAAUGGAUGUAAAAAAUACGUAUUUUCAGGACAUCGAAAAUAUGUAUUUUCUGGACAUCGAAGCAAGCUCUUAUAUGGACUUUGAAAAGACAUACGGAUAUUGAAAAUACGUCUUAUAAGAACGUUGAAAAUACGUAUUUUUUGGAUGUUGAAAAUAUGCAUUUUUCUGUCAUUGAUUCUAUGGACACAUUUUUACUGCACAUACAUUCUCAAUGAAGUAAGGGUUAUAUCACAAUAAUAUAGGAAAGAAGGCGCCAACUGAACAUUGCAACAUAAUAUUUAUUAUUGCUCCCAUUUGGCACAUGCACUUAUGUUACAGACCACUUCAACUACAAUAACAUUCUCAGUAAAGGUUACAGAUUAUUAUUUUUUUGCUAUGACUAUGAAUUAUUGUUAUUUAUCUACCUUACUUGAAUGCACUGACUGUCAGUCACUCUGGAUAAGAAUGCUGAAUGACCAAAAUGUAAAUGUAAAAACAAACACUUACAAAGUGUGCUGGGUAUUAUUCUAAUGAGCUCCACCACAAACAAGUGGAUCUGGUCGGUGAGGACCAGAUCCAAAUCUUAACAGAUCAUAGAUGUCUAGGCUAUGUUUCACAAGUUUGAACAUUACAGUACGGCAGUUUAGUACAGUAGAGCACAGUAGAGUGCAGUACGGUAUGGUACAGGACAGUUGAGUUUAUUCAGUACAGUAAAGUACAGUACAGUACAGUAGAAUAAAGUACAGUACAGUUUAAUUCAGUAGAGUACAUUAGAGUCAAGUAGGUUACAGUACACUAUACUUUACUUUUCUUUACUGUGUUACUUUACUCUAAUGUACUCUACUGUAUUGUACUGUACUAUAUUCUACUUUUCUUUACUGUACUGUGUACUGUACUAAAAUGUAGUAUUGUCAGGAUACCAGAAUUUUGACUUCGAUACUGGUACCAGGUUUAGUAUCACAAUACUCAAUACCAUCACGAUACUCAAUACCAAAACGAUACCCAAACGAUACCACGGCAAAAAAAGAAGGCAUAUUAGCCAGAGUCACAGAAUGGCACUAGAUCCAGACAGAUAAACUCAGCUACUGCUCUAUUCAAUCGUUGGGCAUCUUUUGGGUUCAAUAUCAUUACAUUGGCAUUUUAUUGCAUACAUUUUUUUCAGUGACAGCCAUGUAUGCAUUAAUGAAUCAAUUAUACAGUAAUUCAAUCAAUUUGACUUGGUUUUUACCCAUCUAAUUACAUAAUGGCAAUCAUUUAUUUGAAUGGUAAAUCUCUAUUGAUAAACUGGGUAAAUCAAGAUGUAGCCUAGGCCUAUCCACAAUAUAGGUGAAGGCAUAUUCAAUAGGAGUGUGUGCAUGCAUUGAAUUAUUGUGCUUGUUUUGGCUGGUUUCAUUGGGCUACAGAUAACAAACAAUAUGCAACUUACAUACUUAUUUUAUUGUACUGAUCAACAACAUUUGUAUAGAAGUAGCUUAUUUUAUAAAAAUGUGCUCUGUCUCUUUAACCAGUAAUGAAGUCAUUCAUGAUGCAGUUAUUUCACUGAGACAAUAGAUGAUAUUUGGCAGAGACCGAAUAAGUGAAUGAAUAAGGUUUUUGAUGGCAAUCAGCUUUGAAAUCGGCCUACUUUUUGAAGUGAUUUGUUUGACAAUCAGAUGAAAACAUGACUGGUUGUGUUCAUGCCACAUUAAAAUGUUAUACAUUUCUACCAUUAAAUGAUGGCUUUACUAUUAGGCCCCCCAAAAAAUAGAGGCUCCCCCGAAUGUCACGGUAUAUUUCAUACUCUGGACUCACUUUAAAAUGUAUGUCAAACAAAAACCAAUGAUUGCAAAGUUAAACCAACCACAUAACUCUAAGCAUAUGGACUCCUUUUAACAAUUUCCACAGAAAAUUCUACAAAACCACAUUUACUUGAAGAACAGUGCAGAUGUAAAGUUCGAUAUCAGAAUGAUGGUUUGUUCUGUUCUGUUACCAAACUUUGCAUCUGCACUGUUCAAGUAGAUGUGGUUUUGUAGAAUUUUCUGUAAAAAUUGUUAAAAGUAGUCCUUGUGCAUUGGUUUUUGUUAGACAUAUAUUUUAAAGGCCCAAUGCAGUCAAAAACCGGAUUUUCCUGUGUUUUAUAUAUAUUUCCACAUUAUGAGAAGUUGGAAUAAUGUUUUGAAAAUUCUGCUAAUUCCCUUUUAGUGUAAGAGCUGUUUGAAAAGACCACCUGGUAUUUCAGCCUGUUUGGGUGGGAUGGAGUUUUGGCAUGCCUGGUAAAUUAGCGUUUCAAACCUCUCUGCCAAUAACAGCUAGUUUUCAGUUUUCCCCUCCCCACUCAGACCACUCCCAGACAGUCGUAGCAAAAUUCUUGACAAUUUGGAUUGGAAACAAUAACCGUUACUGUGGAAUUGCCUAAAAGCAAAGGUUGUCUGUGUUCCACAGACUUAGACAGGUAGACCUAAUCUGUGUGAAACAACGUUGAUGCUGUAAUCACAAAUCCAACAUCCUGUCAAAUGUGAUGUGCAGUGGGCACACUUUAGUGAUUAGGUUCAAUGAUUAUCCACCACCACUCAUGAUUAACCUUUUUUGACUGAGAAGAACGGUUUGAUUUCCUCUCUAUUUUAGCCCACAUGCCAUGCUAAACAGUCAGUAUUGGCUCUGGGCAUAUGGAAGGAAAUUGGUUAUUUUUCAGCUAUUUUUUUUUUUUUUGGUGGAGCCCAUGGUGUAGAAAUAUUGCGAUCAUGAAUCACAUACUUCAGAAUGAGCUGACCUAUAGAGGCCUCCCUGGCUGACACAGAAGAAGUCUCUCUCUUCCUCAGACCAACAUGUCAGCAAAACCUUAAGAAUGACUGAGCUUCCUCAAUAUGCAACUUACACUUUUUUAACUUCCUCUUCCUCUCCUCCAGAUUGAGCGGUUGGAGGUGAGUGGCUUGGCUCAGACCUCCCAGGCCGUGUUGUGUGGGGCUGAUGGGUCGUUCCUUGGGGGUGAAGAUGGCACCCCAGACCCCCAGCGCACCAAGCAGGCUAUCGCCCAGCUGCAGCAGAAGAUCCUCAAGCUCACAGAGCAGAUCAAGAUUGAGCAGACGGCCAGAGACGACAACGUGGCCGAGUACCUCAAACUGGCCAACAAUGCUGACAAGCAGCAGAGUGCCCGCAUCAAACAGGUGAGCAUUGUUUUAUGAUCAGAGUUAUAUUCGUUUUAAUAUGAAAGCACAAAACAACAUGCAAUGACAAUACACAAGACAGGACAACUUUUACUGCAUAACAGCACUGCUAAAUGAUCGAAUAUAUGACUACAAUAUAAAUCACCAAGAUGUUGGGCUCAGGCACAGAUCAUCAUUGUGUGUGUCAACCAGUCUCCUUGCUUGUUAUAUUUCACUGAGCAAGAAGGGCUGAUUUAUGCAAUUACAUUUUCUGUAACAAGCAGAGAUAUAUGUGUACUAUAAAUGCAUACGUGCUAUAAAUAUUGAUAGUAUAUAUAAGUGUCCUAUAACAGACACAUAAGUGUCCUAUAUAACUGCAGGUGUUUGAGAAGAAGAACCAGAAGUCAGCCCAGACCAUCCAGCAGCUGCAGAGGAAGCUGGAGCACUACCACCGCAAGCUGAGGGAGGUGGAGCACAACGGCAUCCCUCGCCAGCCCAAGGACGUCCUCAGGGACAUGCAGCAGGGCCUGAAGGACGUGGGGGCAAAGGUCACGGGCUUCAGCGAGGGCGUAGUGGACAGUGUCAAGGGAGGCCUCUCCAGUUUCUCCCAGGCCACACACUCCGCCGCCGCCGGGGUUGUCUCAAAGCCCCGGGAGAUUGCUUCACUGUUCCGCAACAAGUUGGGCAGUGCCGACAACAUCCCCGGGCUGAAGGACUCCUUGGAUGACCCGUCAGGGGGCGAGGAGGGGUUGACAGGGGCCGGGGGGAGGUCUCUGGGCAGCGCAGGGCACCACCACCUGCAGUCCAGCCCCAAGUACGGCAGCGAGGAUGACUGCUCCAGCGCUACAUCGGGGUCAGCAGGGGCCAACAGCACCACAGGGGCCCCCGGAGGCCCCCCCAGCUCCAAGGGGAACACCCUGGAGAGGAGCCAGAGCUCCAGCCUGGACAUGCUGCUGCAGGAGGUGCAGGAGGGCCAGGGGAGACUUGAGGAGAGUCUGGAAGGGCUGAAGAGUCACUAUCAGAGAGACUACACUGUCAUCAUGCAGGCCCUGCAGGAGGAACGAUUCAGGUAGGGAGGGAGAGGGAGGGAGAGGACAUGCAGUUAUCAUGCAGGCCCUGCAGGACGAACAAUUUAGGGACGGACUGACUUAACCAAUUAUUUAUAUAGACUCUAGAUGUCUGACAGGGGGCGCUGUGUUGAUGCCAUUGUGCCUCCAUCUUGGCACUCCCCGUCCAUUGCAAAAAAUAUUUUGGAAGCUAUAGAAAUGCAUUUAUUAAUGUCUACAUUUGUUUUUGCCACAUUUAUUAUAUUACAGACACCUUAAUGCAUACUUUAAAAUUAUAUUAUUUGAGCUUAAAAAAACUAAGAAAAACGAUAUACAGUGCCUCCGGAAAGUAUUCAGACACCUUUACUUCUUUCCACAUUUUGUUACGUUACAGCCUUAUUCUAACAUUUAUUAAAUUAAACAAUUUCCUCAGCAAUCUACACACAAUACCCCAUAAUGACAAAGCAAAAACAGGUUUUUAGAAAUGUACAUAAGUAUUCAGACCCUUUGCUAUGAUCAUCCUUGAGAUGUUCCUACAACUUAAUUGGAGUCCACCUGUGGUCAAUUCAAUUGAUUGGACUUUAUUUGGAAAGGCACAUGCCUGUCUAUGUAAGGUUCCACAGUUGACAGUGCAUGUCAGAGCAAAAACCAAGCCAUGAGGUUGAAGGAGUUGUCCGUAUAGCUCCAAGACUGGAUUGUGUCAAGGCACAGAUCUGGGGAAGGGUACCAAAACAUUUCUGCAGCAUUGAAGGUCCCCAAGAACACAGUGGCCUCCAUCAUUCUUAAAUGGAAGAAGUUUGGAACCACUAGGACUCUUCCUAGAGCUGGCCGCCCUGCCAAACUGAGCAAUCGGGGGGGAAAGGGCCUUGGUCAGGGAGGUGACCAAGAACCCGAUGGUCACUCUUACAGAGCUCUAGAGUUCCUCUGUGGAGAUGGGAGAAUCUUCAAGAUAGGACAACCAUCUCUGCAGCACUCCACCAAUCAGGCAUUUUAUGGUAGAGUGGCCAGACGUAAGCCACUCCUCAGUAAAAGGCACAUGACAGCCUGGUUUGAGUUUGCCAAAAGGCAUCUAAUGACUCUCAGACCAUGAGAAACAAGAUUCUCUGGUCUGAUGAAACCAAGAUUUAACUCUUUAGCCUCAAUGCCAAGUGUCACGUCUGGAGGAAGCCUGGCACCAUCCCUACGGUGAAGCAUGGUGGUGGCAGCAUCAUGCUGUGGGGAUGUUUUUCAGCGGCAGGGACUGGGAGACUAGUCAGGAUCGAGGCAAAGAUGAAUGGAGCAAAGUACUGAGAAAUCCUUAAUAAAAACCUGCUCCAGAGCGCUAAGGACCUCAGACUGUGGCAAAGGUUCACCUUCCUACAGGACAACGACCCUAAGCACACAGCCAAGACAACGCAGGAGUGACAUCGGGACAAGUCUCUGAAUGUCCUUGAGUGGCCCAGCCAGAGGCCGGACUUGAACCCGAUCGAACAUCUCUGGAGAGACCUGAAAAUAGCUGUGCAGCAACGCUCCCCAUCCAAUCUGACAGAGCUUGAGAGGAUCUGCAGAGAAGAAUGGAAGAAACUCCCCAAAUACAGGUGUGCCAAGCUUGUAGUAUCAUACCCAAGAGACUAAAAAAGAUUUAAUCAAUUUUAGAAUAAGGCUGUAACAACAAAAUGUGGAAAAAGUCAAGGGGUUCUGAAUACUUUCUGAAGGCACUGUAAAAACAUUUUCCUUAAAGUAUAAUUUUUUGCGAUUACAAAUUUUACUGUCCCCACUUCAAUAUAUAUAAUUUUGUCCUUGAAACAUUUAAUUGAAAUACUGUAGAAUUCCAUUCGUUCCUAUGAAGGACUACUUCUACUGGGGAGUGCCAAUAAGGCCGACCGGUGGCUUCAAAGCUUCUCAUUGGCCAAUACAUUGCAUCAGCAAUCCAGGUUUUAUAUACAUCGUUGUACUUUACACGCUGUAUAUGUAGAGAGAGAAUGGAAGGAGAGUGCGAGAGCGUGAGAUAGCCUUGUAGGAAAAACCCCACACAGAGAUGUGUAAGGUUAACAUUUGAAAGGUUAUCGCAACAUGUGUGUUUUUACUGAAACCAAACCCACUCUAAUCAACAAAAGACAGAUCGAAGCUUUAUUGCCCUUAAAACUGAAUUGUAAAACUAGUGACAGUAUACAUCAUUUAGACGGAAAGAUCAGCUCUAGACUACUAAAGUGUAGAGGUGUAUUAUUAAUUAAUUAAUAUGCCAUUUAGCAUACGCUUUUAUCCAAAGCGACUUACAGUCAUGCGUGCAUACAUUUUUGUGUAUGGGUGUAUGUACAUAAACCUUUAAUAAAGACACUACAGGAACAGAGGUCCCAUUCAAGUCUAUUUAUUUGGCACUUUUUACAAAAACAGAAUUGGGGGGGUUGUUAUCAAAACGCUGAAACUCCCUUAAAAGCCUGCCAAGUGUAGGUGGCCAGGGAAAAGUCCCUGCUGUGGAGGAACCAGGAAGAAGCACUUGGCUGCAAACCAGUCCUGAGCACAAGGAUCUUGUCCUGUCCUAUCACAGAGCUAUCUGAGGGCAUGUGUUGCUAUCUCAGGGCAUGUUAGUCAAGGAACAGCACAUUUAAACUCAGCAUAUAUAUAGAUAGGGAGGGAACCAUGACUGAACCCUGGUGAAAGGCAAUAAUGUAUUGUAUCUAUUCAGUGUAUUUUACUAAGUUUCAAAGAAACUGUGCUAUAAUAACAUGUAUUACUAUAUAUUUGGCCUUUCUCAAAAUAACCCAAACUAUUACUCUAUGUCAUUAAAUGGGUGUUAAGGUGUUAAAGGGAUACUUUGGGAUUUUGGCAAUCCAAAGAGUCAGAUGAACUUGUGGAUACCAUUGUUUUGUCUCUGUGUCCAGUAUGACAGAAGUUCAAGGUAGUAUCCCGAGCCAAUGCUAACUAGUAUUAGCGCAAUGACUGGAAGUCUAAGGGUAUCUACUAGCAUGCUAGCAGAUACCCAUAGAGCUCUAGUCAUUGCGCUAACGCUAGUUAGCAUUGGCUCGGGAAACUACCUCUAACUUCCUUCAUACUGGACACAGAGACAUACAAUUUUUAUCCACGAUUUCAUCUGACUUGCGGAAGUAGAUAAAGGGCCUCGUUGCCAAAAUCCUGAAGUAACCCUUUAAGGCAGGGGUGUCAAAUUCAUUCCACGGAGUGCCGAGUAUCUGCAGGUUUUUGGGUUUUCCUUUCAAUUAAGACCUAGACAACCAGGUGAGGGGAGUUAGUGACCUUAAUUCAUCAAUCAAGUACAAAGGUAGAGCGAAAACCCGCAGACACUCGGCCCUUCGUGGAAUCAGUUUGACACGUGCUUUAUUAAGAUGUAAAGGUGUCAAGGUCCAUUGACACUAUGCAUGUAAUAAUAAUAAUAAUAAUAAUAUAAUAAUAAUAUGCCAUUUAGCAGACACUUUUAUCCAAAGCGACUUACAGUCAUGCGUGCAUACAUAAAAAUAAAAAAUAAAAAUGUGUAUGGGUGGUCCCGGGGUUCGAACCCACUACCUUGGCGUUACAAGCACCGUGCUCUACCAGCUGAGCUACAGAGGACCCUCACAAGCCAAUCAAUCAAUGGGGAGAGUUUAAAUGGAGGAUGUAAACAAACAAUAAGCCUUGUGUUGCUAGACAGAAGUUAGCAUUAACUUAAUGGAGGAGGACCGACAGACAAAGUUAAAGAAAGAAGGACACAAAUUACUUGGAGUUAAUUUAGCUUUCUGCCUAUGGUUGUUCACACAGAGACAGUCUGUUGUUGUUUUUGUCUGUGUGUGUGUGUGGCCUGUACACUUUAAAUAAACCACCAGCGUUCUUCCUGAAUGGCGGGAAAUAAGGGACAGACGGCAAGAGAGGGAUGAGGAAGGAGGGGGGAAAAAAUAGGGUUUGAGUAACGAGGAGACAAAAAAAAAAUUAGCACAAAAAUGUCCAUCAGGGACCAUAGUAUGUGUGUGUUUUUUGUCUUUCAGGCUAAAAAUAAGGUCCAGCAGAAUGAGCUUUGAGCAUGUCUUCUGCUGAUGACCAUGAUCUGAGCAUUGACCACUGUGUUUGAACCAUUGUUAAGAAUAUGGAGCCUCCUACCUGUAUAAAUCCUAGAGGAAACUUUACCGGUAGGCUUGGCCUUUUGUUUUUUGUGCAGUCAGCAGUAUUAGGAUGGUACAGGGUGUUCUGCAGUAGCUUCCCCCUCCUCCCUCCCCUCCUCCACUCCCCAUCCUUCCCCUCCUGCCUCCCCUCCUCCACUCCCCCAUCCUUCCCCUCCUCCCCCAUCCUUCCCCUCCUCCACUCCCCCAUCCUUCCCCUCCUUCCUCCCCUCCUCCACUCCCCCAUCCUUCCCCUCCUUCACUUCCCCAUCCUUCCCCUCCUCCACUCCCCCAUCCUUCCCCUCCUUCAUUCCCCAUCCUUCCCCUCCUCCACUCCCCCAUCCUUCCCCUCCUCCACUCCCCCAUUCUUCCCCUCCUCCACUUCCCCAUCCUUCCCCUCCUCCACUCCCAGAUCCUUUCCCUCCUGCCUCCCCUCCUCCACUCCCCCAUCCUUCCCCUCCUCCACUUCCCCAUCCUUCCCCUCCUCCCACUCCCCCAUCCUUCCCCCCAUCCUUCCCCUCCUCCACUCCCCCCAUCCUUCCCCUCCUCCACUUCCCCAUCCUUCCCCUCCUCCACUCCCCCAUCCUUCCCCCCAUCCUUCCCCUCCUCCACUCCCCCAUCCUUCCCCUCCUCCACUCCCCCAUCCUUCCCCUCCUCCACUCCCCAUACUUCCCCUCCUCCACCCCCAUCCUUCCCCUCCUCCACUCCCCCUUCCUUCCCCUCCUCCCCCAUCCUUCCCCUACUCCACUCCCCCAUCCUUCCCCUCCUCCACUCCCCCAUCCUUCCCCUCCUUCACUUCCCCAUCCUUCCCCUCCUCUACUCCCCCAUCCUUCCCCUCCUUCACUCCCCCAUCCUUCCCCUCCACUCCCCCAUCCUUCCCCUCCUCCACUCCCCCCAUCCUUCCCCUACUCCACCCCCCCAUCCUUCCCCUGCUCCACUCCCCCAUCCUUCCCCUCUCUCUGACUCACCUGUUGUGCUUCUAUUCUCAUCUUUUUAUUGUCUGAUUAACCACCAGAGCAUGUGGGUAUCGUGUGCGUGCAGUACCAGAGGGCAGAGUUGUAGAUCUUAUUAAAAUGUGACUUUUAAACUGGUUAGGUAAGACAUAAUGAGAUCAGACUGGUGGUGUGAUUCACUUAAUCACACACACACAUGCAUACACAGACAAUCACGUCCUCCCUCUCCCUCCUGCUGAGUGUUUGUGAUUGGUCUGUGUCAUCCUGCUGAUUAUCUGCCAUUGGUCAGUCUCAUCAGCAGACGAGUAAGCAUGUGCUAAUCAGCUCACAGAUAAUCAUCAGUCCAGUCAGGUAUCAUUCCACCUGAAAGCUCAUUAUUCUCUUAUCCAGGAAAAACUGGAACCUGUGUUUGUCUAUGGGGCAUAGGUGCGUGCGUGCGUGCGUGCGUGCGUGCGUGCGUGUGUCUGUCUGUCUGUCUGUCUGUCUGUCUGUCUGUCUGUCCAUCCGUAUGUAUCUAUGUCUGUGUGAGCUGUUAGACUAACGUUUGUGUCUAUAUGUGUGUGUCUCUGUAGGUGUGAGCGUCUGGAGGAGCAGCUGAAUGAUCUGACAGAGCUCCACCAGAAUGAGAUCCUCAACCUGAAGCAGGAGCUGGCCAGCAUGGAGGAGAAGAUAGCUUACCAGUCCUACGAGAGAGCCAGAGACAUACAGGUCAGUCACAGACAUGCAUACAUGCACACACACACACACACACACACACACACACACACACACACACACACACACACACACACACACACACACAGACACACACACACACACACAGACACACACACACACACACACUGUACACAAACUAGAUAGCCAGACAAAUGUAUGACUGUGAUUCAUUUCAUAAUCACAACUUUAUCUGAAGAGAAACAGAAAGCCUUGCACAGUUAUGAGGAAUGAGGAACAAACCCAGUCAGACAUAAGCCUGUGCUGUUUAAUCUGUGUGUACGAGUACCAGGUUAUUUUACAGUUCACUAUUUACUAGGGCUUUCAAACGAUUAAAACAUUUAAUUGAGUUCAUCACAGGAUGUGCUGUGAAUAAUCACGAUUAAUUGCAAAUUCUGAAUUUGCUCAAAUUAUGCUGUAAUUUAAGAUUUUUCAUACAAUAAACAUUCCAAGAAUAUUGACAUCUUGAUUUUGUCUAAAGUAACAGUUAGCAAAAUUAGGUAAAUUGAGAAAGCACACUUUCUUUAAUCUCAAUGUCAACUUGUUUUUACAUUGCAUUGUUGUUUUUAGCUGUAUAGAUGAUGUAUUUGGGAAGUUUUCUGUGUAUUCUGAACACUGUCAGACGAUGCGAUUUAAUAUAAAUGAAGGAAAAAUGUGUGCACUCAAAUAAAAAUAUAUUUGAGUUUAAUGAUUAACUCUGACAGCCCCAAUAUUUACCGGGUAUUUCACAUAUAUUAUAGGGUGAGAGAUAAUAACACUAUAAUGACUUAAUAAUUAAAUGUUGUUUCAUUGGAAUCCAUAAGAACGAGCCCCAUAAUGUAACAGAUGUUGUGUUGAGUUCUUUCAAGUUAGUGACAAAAAAGUAACCAUUGUUUCAAUGUAAUGUCUUAUUAAAUACCAGGGCAUUGCCACCUGAAGCAGGAUUGUAAAAUAAACUGUUGCUGAAAACCAUGUCUGUGUACCAUAACCACAGUGGGUUUGUUUAUGUGUAAAUGGACCAUUUCCGUGUCUGUUACCCAGAUCAUAUUACACAUCUCUCUCCUCUUGUGGUGUGUGAGUGCGCGUGUGCUUAUCGCCUUGUCUCUAACCUACAUUUCCCCCUUUUGGCUGUAGGUGGUGCUAGAGUUCUAUAUGUAAUGAACUUUGCUAUUUGUCUGUCAGACACUACUGACUUUACUGUGUGUAGCCAUAUUGUGUACUAAUAUGUCUAACCUUUUUCUUUGCUCCUGUCCUGCAGGAAGCUCUGGAGGCGUGUCAGACGCGUAUCUCUAAGAUGGAGCUGCAGCAGCAGCAGCAGCAGGUGGUGCAGCUAGAGGGCCUGGAGAACGCCACGGCCCGGACCCUGCUGGGGAAACUCAUCAACGUCCUCCUGGCCCUCAUGGCCGUGCUCCUGGUGUUUGUCUCCACUGUGGCCAACUGUGUGGUCCCCCUAAUGAAGACCCGCUCCCGGUCCUUCUCCACCCUUCUCCUCAUACUCCUCUUCGCCUUCCUCUGGAGGAACUGGGACGCGCUGUCGGGAUACACGCACCGUGCCCUGCAGCCGCCCAGAUGA